UUCUAUGCAGUCCCUCCACAGGUAUAAAUAGGUAAAAAUAACACAAGGCUCAACCGUUCUGGGUGGCUUACUUGUUUUCUACUUCCAAAACUCUGCUGCAAAAAGGGGUAUAGUUUGAAGAAGAUGGGUAGACUUUUUGUGAUCAGUCUUGAAGGAAACAUCUAUAGAUGCAAGCACUGUCACACCCAUUUUGCUCUUCUUGAUCACCUUAUUUCUAGGUCAUUCCAAUGCAAGCAUGGGAAGGCUUACCUCUUUGAUCGAGUUGUGAAUGUUACUCUUGGAGAGAAAGAAGAGCGGGCAAUGCUGACUGGAAUGCACACUGUUGUUGACAUAUUCUGUGUGGGAUGUGGCUCUAUUGUGGGGUGGAAAUAUGAAGCUGCAGAGCAGAAAAGCCAAAAGUACAAGGAAGGGAAAUUCAUCCUUGAGAGGUUUAAGGUCUUGGGUCCAGAUGGAAGCAGCUAUUCAUUAAGUCAAGACGCUCAACUUGGAGGAAGUGAUACAGAUGAACCUUAGAGUAAUCAAGUAUCUGUUUCAACUGUACAUGCCCUCAACUUCCUGCACUCGUCGACACAAGCAAUCUCAAAUUGCUUUUAGUACAGAUACCAGUAUCUAAUAUAGACAAGUUUUGCCAGGAUUAUUUUAGAAUGAUCAAAUACUUUGACUUGCUUUGAUAGGAAUCUGAUAUUUAGCAUUGGAUUGGCGUCAGUGACUAUGAAGAUUUUCAGUAUUCUGCUGAAGCAUUUUCUUCCUUUCCUUUGAAAGUUUGGUCUAACUUUUCUAGUUACAUUCAUGGAUAAGGAGAGCGAUAAUGAACUUUUAUGUUAUGUACAUAAUUUCUAUCUUAUAUUGCAAUUAUAUUGGCCAACUUUGAACUUCA